GAAAGAGAGAGCAAAAAGUCUCAUUCAACACAAAAACCAAUCCCUAAAGAUUCCCAAAAACCAAAGCAAACCUUUGAUUAUUUUUUAUUAAUCCACAUCCAAAGAACUCAUGGGAUUUUCCGGCAAAUCUUACAACCAACUCGAAGUCGAGAUACGUGAAGCCACCGACGGUAAAAGAUGGGUCAUCGCCGGACUUCCUCCACGUUCACCGCUCAAGCCUAUUAACUCCUCUGACGUUGCAGUUACGGAAACAGAGGAUCAAGAACAGUGUCCUACAACACCCACAGCAGUUGCCUUCAGAAUCCCAAGAGUCCCGCCGUGCCCAGCCGCACCAAAGAAGCGGAAGCCGUCGUCCAAGUGCAGCUACGUUGCCAGUGGUAGAGAGUUCUUCUGUCCACCAGACCUCGAAACCGUUUUCAUUCAGAGAGCUAGUUAACUCUCUUUUUAACCUUCUUUAGGGUUUUGUAAUAUUCUUCUCGAGUCUGGUUAAGUUUUAGAUUCUGAACUUAAUUAGUAGACUAGUAAGGUUAGUGAAUUUCAUGUUUAUGUACAAUUAUCUUCCCCUGUUUCCAGUAGAAUUAAUAAAUACUUAGAUGACAUAAUUUCGUAGCGUUGGUUUAUUUAUAAUUUACAGAUUUUCGAAAUAGUUUUUGGUAUGGUAAUUUUCAUUCAUUC